AGAAUCAGUUUUCGUCCAUUCGUGAAUGUCUCGAUGUGCAUAGUGAAAAUAUUUUGCAAUUUUGUGGAAAAAACUCGUGAUUUGUGAAUUGAAUUUGUGCUAAGACUGCAAUUGAGAUAGUAAUGAACUAAUGUGUGAUGAAAUUGAGGGAGAAUUCGUGUGACACUCCGUCUCAAGCACGCUUCACAAUGGAACCUUCAGCUGGUGGGAAUUUACUGGAGGUGAUAGAUUUGGCGCAUUCCUUGCGUCAGGAGCAGCUCUUUAUAUCCAAGGAGCAGAAUUCUUUUGUUCUCCUCAGUGAGACACUUCAGGAGAAUGCCUCGGAGGUCUCAGAACUUGCUUGGAUUUGUGCCCAGCAUCGACGUAAUCUGAGUGAUUUGAUCGUGUCAAAGCCAGAAACGGGUCCAGCCAUGUGCUGUCAGAAGGCAAAUGCCUUGGAAAAUGUGAAAUUUGUGAGUGCAUACAAAGCCAAAGGACUAAAGUACCAGCAUGUCCUGGCCUACACCAAUCUCUUCAACUACCUCCAUGGUUCACCAAAUCUCCUGGCUCAGUGCCUGGCGACUGGUGAUCAGUUGUCCAGGAAUGUGUUGAGUAGUGAUCAAACAAUGACCAUAACACAAGCAAUUGUGAGUGGACUCUAUGGCAAUGCCAUUCAUUCCAAAGACAUUGAAUUGCUCCUCAAGUUGCUCAAAGAGUUGAUUGAUAUUGAAAUUGUGCCGAGUGAAGUGCCCAGACGGAUGUUGAGGGCCGGAAGUUGUGCUUUUGCACGACUCUACCAUUGUCUGCAUGAGAGAAUUUUCUCUGCCAAACUCUUCCUCACGGCUGCCCUUCAUGAGCCCAUCAUGAAGGUACUGGUUGAGGAUGAGUUCACACUGGAGAUUGAUCCUGCAAAGGCAUCCAUCAAUUAUCCACUCAAAGAAAGACUGAAGAAAUUUGGCAAAGAGGGAACCCCUGAGCAUGAAACUAAAAUGAAAGAGUACAUUAGGGAUACCAUUUGCUCACUAAACAUCCUCACGAAUAAAUUUAUAAAGUCCCUUUCGGCCAAUUGGGUGCUUUUUCCAUCGACUCUUCGAUGGUUGGUGCAGACUAUGUGUAUUUCCCUGAAGCGAUGCAAUCUCAGUGCGAAAGAGAUGAAUGCCAUUCUCACAGAUAUGGUUUUCACCAAUUUUAUCUGUCCAGCUGUAGUGAGUCCUGAUGUUUUUGGUAUUGCUGAUGCCCCAAUAUCGCAAAAUGCACGAAAUAAUUUAAUUGUAAUUGGGCAAAUUCUUCAGAAAUUGGCUUUGAUUGAGCAUCAAGAGGUUGAUGGGAAGUUUCAUGAAUUGUACGAUAAGUUUGAUAGAACAGCAAUUGCCGGAUUGCUGGGUCAGCUGAUGCCCAAGGAUGAGUGUGACAUUGGAAUUGGGGUGAUUGGCAUGUCACCACACAAGAGUGAUCUGUCGAGGGGAAGUGUUCUUGUGACGCAGAAUGAAUUGAAUGUACUUGUAGAUUAUUUGCGUACAGUGCUCAGUCAUGAUGAAUUGAACAUUUCCGGUGAGGCAAGGCGGAAACUUGGGGAUAUACUCGAACAGUUGCCGGAUAAGUGGGAGACAAUGAUUAAUGGUGAUUCGCCGCAGCAUGGUGCAACAGCGGCUAGUGCAACAUCCACAAAGGGCAUUAUUAAUUUGAGGAGGAAUAUUGAGAAUAAAUUGGCAAAGACAAUGAGUCUCAAUGUGAAUACAGAUGGGCAGGAAGAAGCUGGUGCUUUGAUCAAUGGGGUAGUAGAGGAUUUUGCUCAGGUUUUGGUGAUACCUGUGGCUUUUGGGGGUGAAAAUAAAUUUCAUAUGUUAACGGAGGAGGAAGUUCUCAAUAUGAAUACCAUUUCCAAUGAUAUUGAAGAGCCAAUGCUAUCGGAGAAGAAUAUUGGGGAAAUGGAUAGAUUGGGCGUUAAUGAGAAUCAUCAGAAUAUUGGGGAUGAGGUACGUCGAAAUGAUCAUCCAAAACAUUCGAGAUAUUCCAUGUCACACGAUGAUGCAUCAAUUGGAAAUACUUCGGACAACUUGGAGGCGGUCAGUGAGGCACCGAGUAAUCACUCAACCAGCUCCUUGGAGCUCGAGGAGAAUGAUCAGAAUGACAAUUUGUCGGAUAUGGUGUCGGCAAAUGUGUCUGGUAGGGGAACACCAAAUAUUUCUGGUCGAGAUACACCAUCAUCCCAGAUAACUGAAGGUGAAAAUCGUCCACCACAAAUUCCAACACCUCAAAUGGCAAAGAUUCUCAAUAAAGCCAGAUCGGAUAUUGAGGAUAAAUUUUGCAAAUUUGAGAUAAAAAAAUUAAUUGAAGGUGACGAAACUAUUUCCAUUAUAUCGGAUACAUGGAGUACUGAUGUUCUGGCAAGUGAUUCCGAAACAAUUGGUGAUACUGAUCGUGAUAGAAAUUUUUCAACACCACUCAUUCCAUCGGCUGUCAUCCUACCGGGAGAUAAUAAUUUUGAUGUUCUAUCCAAUGCUGCACGACCACAGCUUAGGCAGAAUAAUCUCGAUGAGACACAGUCAGAAUCGGCCUGGAGUAUGGAUGUUCUGGCAAGUGAUUCGGAGAAGAUGACAGAAAUUGAUACGGAUGACAAUCAGAGUAUUGCUGCGAAAUCCGAUACGACUGAUGCUGGAAGAUCAGAGACUGGAGAUCAUUUUCGCGAGGGAGAUGGCAAUAGGGCACCAGAUUCUCCAUUUUUUGCCCCUAGGAAUAUUACUUCGUCCUUUCGUCCAAUGGACUCACCGAGUCAUGGGCCAAAAAUUCAGGAAUCGGUAUUUUUCUCGAGGAAUUGUGAAGAUUCCGGAACGGGAAGAUCGUCAGAAGCUGUGGUGGGAAACGGUGAAGAUUUUGGCAAUAGACUGGCGAGUUCAGUGACGGGUAGCUUAAAAGGACAAAGGGACCAAAAUCGCAGUCAUUUCAUGUCAUCAUGCCUUGAAAAUGCUGGAGCUGUAGGUGGUACAAAUCCACCCACAAGUACUCCAUAUUCCGUGUCCGGGAAGAAUUUCGUCAAUCAUCGUUCUCGACCAAUUCGCCAGAAUUCCACAGAGAGCAAUACCAGUUCAAAUUUUGAUCAUGAUCUGGGAAAUGGGAAGAUUGAUGGGGAUUUAAGGAGAAAUCAUGAAUUUACAUACCGUAAACCAGUUAAAGAGUACGUAGAUUCAAUUCCUCCUCUGAGUGUCUUUAAGGCAUCAGCCGAUGAUAUCCUGGAUAGAUUCAAUGAGGAACAGGAUCAUGGGAAUGGUAGAAAUAAUUCAGAAUACUACUCAUCCUAUCACAGUGAAUAUCGUGAGAGUGUUGUAAAGACAAGCAUGAACAUUGUCAAUCCAUUUUCCGACAAUUCAACGGUUGGUGAAGUGAAUGGCUUUGAGGACAACUUCAGUGAUGAAUUGGUUGAACACCGAAGAAUAUCAUCAGAGCAACGAAAUGCCGGAUUCGAUGGAAGACGCAAUGGAAUGAUAGAUAUUCCAGCUGCACCCAGUAUCAAUCCAAAGAGACAAAAUUGCUAUGUGUAUGAAAAUCAUGAGAUUAUCCGUGCUACUCAGAGUCUUAGGCUAACAGGUGACCCAGUGAAUAGUAGUGAGAUGACUAAUGAUGCAGAUGGUGUGGAAAAAUUGAGCCAAUUCAAUGGAUAUACAGAUGCCAAUGAAGAUUCCCUCGGGGUAAUACAAAAGACACAAUCACUGAAUCUCACAGCUGUCACAACAAAUGGCAAUAGCCUACCAAAUGGUACUAUUACAAAAUCAGGCAAAUUUACCGGUGCCAUUCCCAAAAGUAUAAGUUUUGAUGCAUCAGCCGACAAGAGAAAUCUCCAUGCACGUCGCAAUGAGCCACGAAUUAAUAGUACGGGCUUCUUCAAUAAAAUCAAGAGAGGUUUCAAAAAUCGACGAAGUCAGAAACUUCGCAAUGGUCCAGAUGAUUUUCUCAAUGAUCACUCCUCCCAUCACGAUGAUGAUCUCAUAACGCAGGCCGAUGGAAGUGAAAGUGGUGAAUGUAGGCAGUCUGAAUUUUUGGAAACAACAGAAGACAUCCUGGCCAAGUAUCGUCGAAAGGCCUCAUCGUCCAGUGAUGCUACAAAUUCCGACUCAACCGGAAGUCACAAUUCCAGUUCCAGCAAGAGCAAGAGCUCCCAUUCAGAUCUCGAGAAUAGACUGUCCAAGGUGAUACUUAAUCGGAAUGGUGAUGCCUUCUUCCAUUUUGCCAAUGCCAAAAGGAAACUGAGGGCUGUACUAUCAUCAGCUGAUCUUCAUACGGCAGAUUUCAAGCACACAUCGUGCGGAAAAUCCUCCCCUGUUGUAAUUUAUUUGCAAAUCCAACUGGCUCAAGCGCUCAAUCUCAACAAUCUUCAGCAGAUAGCUUUUGUGUCUGAAGCCAUGCGUUGUCUAUCAGAGAUGGAUGUGGUGCAACAUAGGAAGCUGGUGGAGGAACUUCAGGAGGAUCUAAUAAAGCGUCAGUCAUAUCUGCAGUAUCUUGUGAGAUUUAGGCAAAAUCUUCUGUCAGCUCUUGAUAAUCAGGAUCGUGUGAAGGAACGCCUGAGAAAUGAGAGAAUUGUGUGUAAUCGAUACCUUGUCAAGACUCUCAUCAACAUGUUCCUGGACAAGAGGGAGGUGCUCAUUGAGCAACUGCAGAAUGAUUUUGCUGAGUUGACAGUUGUUGAUGAGAAAAUUGACCUUUUGGAUGAAUUUAUCAGCAAAUUAAUGGACGAACUGAGCUCAGGUCCCAAUUCCAUUGGCAUGAAUGACUGGCAAUUGGCUGAAGCACGCGUAUGCAUUGAGAGAAUUCUUCUGCAGAGACUCUAUCGUCAAGUGAUGUUUCCCAAUGAUGAUGGAGAUAUAUCGAGAGAUCAAGUUCUGCGGGAGCACAUCCGAAAGUUGUCCAGAGUGAUAACGCCUGGCCAUGAAAAACUUCGCAUUCCACAAGAGUAUCUCAUUGAAGCGCCAUGGCCUUUUGCUCAGCAGCAAAUUGCACAUAUUUCUGCAUACAAGACGCCCAUGGAGAAAGUCCAGUGCGUCGUGAGAUGCAUCACAAGCAUUAUGAAUCUUUUAUCAAUGGCAUCAGAUCGAGUGCCUUCAGCUGAUGACUUGACUCCUGUGUUAAUUUACGUAAUAAUUAAGGCUAAUCCUCCCUAUCUCUUGUCGACUGUUCAGUACGUUAAUUGUUUCAUUGGUGAUAAGUUAGAAGGUGAAAAUCAGUACUGGUGGACACAGUUCUGCUCAGCAGUUACUUAUAUCAAGACUCUAGACUAUUGAUGGCAAAGAUGGACCUGAACUAGAAGAAUCAGGAGUUUUUAACAAGUUCUGCAUAAAAUAGUCAUCUUGUGUACUAUUUCUAUUCUAUUUUUUCAAUAUUUCUCUAUCGUCUGAAGGAAGAGUUUCUGCAAAGACUUUAUCAACUUCUGAAUAAUCUAAUAAUUGGGAUUAAAUUCUGCAUGAAAGUAAUCUAAUCAAAGCCCAACUAAAGACACAAUAAAAGCAAAAAUUAAUUUAUUUUUCUAUUUGUAGAUUAAAAAAAAAAGGAAUAAUCAAUAUAUUUUAUAUACGGUAGAGUUUUAUUUGAGAAGAAUUAGGGAGAUAAUAAAAAAAAGGGAUUAAGUGUAAUAAAAUUGGCUACAGGUGCUCUAAAAACCUUAUGUAUACAUUCAAUUGGAAAAUUUACCCCCUAAUUUAAGUAAAAUGUAGAGAAAUUGUAGGAAUUAUUUGGAAUGUAAAUAAAACAAUUGGUCUUCAUCAA